AUGUCGACAUCUCACUGUAGAUUUUACGAGAACAAGUACCCCGAGAUUGAUGACAUUGUCAUGGUCAACGUCCAGCAAAUCGCUGAGAUGGGUGCUUAUGUGAAACUUUUAGAAUACGAUAACAUUGAGGGUAUGAUAUUGUUGAGUGAAUUGUCCCGUAGACGUAUUAGAUCCAUCCAGAAAUUGAUCAGAGUUGGAAAGAACGAUGUUGUCGUUGUGCUUCGUGUGGACAAGGAAAAAGGUUACAUUGAUCUUUCCAAACGUCGUGUUUCCUCCGAAGAUAUUAUCAAAUGUGAAGAAAAAUACCAGAAAUCCAAGACUGUGCAUGCCAUUUUAAGAUACUGUGCUGAGAAAUUUCAAAUUUCACUGGAAGAAUUGUACAAGACUAUCGCAUGGCCAUUAAGUCGAAAAUACGGUCAUGCAUACGAAGCUUUCAAGCUUUCUAUCAUCGAUGAAACCGUUUGGGAAGGUAUUGAACCUCCUUCCAAGGAGGUCUUUGACGAAUUGAAAGUCUACAUUUCUAAGAGACUGACUCCACAGGCAGUCAAGAUCAGAGCCGAUGUUGAGGUCUCAUGCUUCAGUUACGAAGGUAUCGAUGCCAUCAAAGAAGCCCUUAAGGCUGCAGAAGCCCUCUCUACGGAACAAAUGCAAAUUAAGGUCAAACUAGUGGCCGCUCCACUUUACGUCAUCACCACUCAAUCUCUAGACAAGCAACAUGGUGUUGAACUACUGGAGAAAGCCAUUGAACAGAUUAACCAAUCUAUUUCCAAAUACAACGGUGUCUGUAACAUUACAAUGGCUCCAAAGGCAGUUACUGCUACCGAAGAUGCAGAGCUACAGGCUCUCUUGGAGAGUAAAGAGCUCGAUAACAGAUCCGACUCUGAAGACGACGAAGACGAGUCUGACUCUGACUAA